AUGCAAACCUCAACAAUCAAACCAAAUACAACCGUUUUUAAGAACAUGUUUACACACAUCAAAGAUCAAUUCUCCAUUAAUUCAUAUCGUGUAGACAUAUCAACAUCCUGUUUGCACGAAUUAGAACAAUGGGAAAACUUACUUUUUCAUUCAUUGGUCGGACUAAGUCUUGCAUUAAUCGUCUAUGCUGCUUUAGAGCCAUACAUAAAUGGUCCUGAAGAGGGCGCAUUUAAAAGUUCAGAUUUUGAUUGUAUUAAUUUAUCACUGUGUGUAGACGAUGAAACUUGCUUACUUUAUAUCCAUUUUAAGUUGAAUGGCUUACAGGAGAAAUCUUGGAUUUUUCUUGGCAUCGAUAAUUUCACGAUCACGUGCAAGUAUAUGCUGUAUAAAUAUAUUUUUCCAAUUAAGAUCUCUUUGACUCUCGGGCAAUCAACAAAUUCGACAGGUACAAGUGCGUUAAAUCUACCAAGUUCAACAAACAUAUCAAAUAACUCGACGAGUACAUUACCUCCUGUAAACUCGACAACGACAAAUCCUAUAAACUCGACAAAUUCAACAAGUUCAACCAAUUCAAAUCUUACAAUACCAUCUUUAAUUGUUCCAUAUAAUACAGUUGAGGUACCUCCUAAUAAUGGUACAUGGGCUAUCUGUUCAAAUAAUGCUACGAAAUAUAUCAGUUACAGUGUGAAAGUAGUUAAUGGUAGUUACCCAAUAACUCCAGGCUACGGGACCACGUCACCUGGCACUUCAUCCCCACUUCCUACUGCACCUGAAGUUGGUAUAAUUGCACGAAUCCAAUAUGCUAAUACAUUCAAAUUCAUUCCUUCAUUAUCAUGUUAUCUACAAUUUGUUACCGAAUGCGAUCAAGAUACAGGAAAUAUACCAAUUCAAGAUAACGAAAAGUAUUGUUUAGAUAUAAUAAAUUCUGGUCCUAAAUCACAAAUAGUUAAUAUUACUAUAUCAUUUACAAAAAGUUCUGUCUUUGGAGGAGGUGGGUUUACUAGUGCUAAUAAACCUGGUGGAAAUAUUCAGUCUUCAACUUGGUGUGGCUAA